AUGGGCUUUGCCAAGCGACGAGCCGCGGUGAUGGGGCUCCUGGUAGCGGGGCUAGCAUUCGCUUCGGGUAAGCCCGCCUGGGGGACGGACGGGGAGGGCCUCAAGAACGUCAAGAGCGGAGGGCACCAAAAGGGGGCGCCGGGUCACAAGGGCCUCGACGGCGAUCUGCUGGACUUCGACUCGGUUUCCCCAAAGGAUUGCGCGAACUACCUCUGUGUGUCCAGCCCGGACAAGGCGACCUACUACAUCGAGGCGGGCUGCCCUGGGCAGUUCGCGGACUACGAGCCCGAUAGAGACCCGGAGGAACCGGUGGAUUCCUAUUUGGGCUUUAGCUCCUCUGCAGGAGCCUCCACAGGCGUGAGCACGGGGACCCUGCUCUCCCUCGCGUGCGCGUCCGGCGUCUUCGCCGUGGGUGUUGGUUUCGUUGCUGGCUACAAGGCGUCUCCGUCGUUCGCGUACAUGCGAAUCCCGUCGCUUUCGUGAAAGUUCGGUUUGUGAGUCGCCAUCAGCGUCAAGUUUACAGGGGUUCAGUGGGGGAGGGCGCGCGGGGGGGGGGGAAGGUGCUCUUCAGCAGCUGGCAGGGGAGGCGUGUUGGAAGCGGCGGCCCCCAAGAUAGGGGUGGGGGGUGGGGCGUGGCGAAGGAGGAGAUUCGAGGUGCCGCGGAGAGGGCGAAGGGGUGGGGGGGGUGGGGGAUACUGCAUCAUACAGCACCAGCACACGGCUAGAAAGAGAGGAAACACGGAUACGCGGCGGAACCUCGGUGUGUGACGUGCAGAGCAACACCAGCCUAGUUCCUGUUGAAAGGAAAACGAGAAUGAAACAGAGAAAGGCGGUGCUGGAGGGCUGGGUGCGCAAAGGGCGGGGGUGACCUUGGAGUGUGGCAGGAGCAGCGGUGACGAGCGGGAACGAGUGGCGUGGGGAUGGGGUCGCUUGAGCACAGUCUGCGGGGACGGGCGUCGUUUGGCUGCUCUUGUUUGUAUUUGUGUUGGGAGUUAGGGUGUGAUUUGUAAUAGAUUUCGCUACGGGGCACUUAUGCCCUUGCCAUGAGCCGGGCGUGCCUCACCCCCCUCCACGCCUUCGUCGUCAAAGGAUCGAGAGGCAGAUUAUUUCUCAUUUUUGUAACGUUCCAUUAUCUGUAUGCGUAUAACUCGUCUUCGCUUGAUGCUCUAUGUACGCGGAGAGAGUUUUUUUUGCUGUGUGGCUCCUAGCAAUCGCGCGCGAACCCAGGGUUGGGUGUACAGUUGUGUUUUCCCUUCUUUUGGUGACCCGGUGUGAUCGUGUGAUCCGGGUUGUACGUGUUUUUGUCUUGCGGCACGAGUCACAUGAAACAUCUGUCGUUUCAGUCUCCUCCCUCCGUUGUAUGCGACAUAUAUCUACCACGUCGUUCCGUGUUUUCUUUUUUUCGCGAGCUACUCAUCGUGCCUGAGCCGUGUGUGUUUUUUUAUUUUCGUUCCCACUCCCUUCGGGUGUGUCAUUUGCUUUCUCCCCGUUUCUCCUUCGGCCGCGUCGUUUUUGACUACGCUCUCCCAUGGUGUUGUCACG